GACAGUCUGUGCAGGUCUCGUGUUUUGAAACUGAUCGUGGGGCAGAUGUCAGCGGGGAUCAUCAGCUGUUUCCCUCUUUGCAAGACCUAAAGCUGACCGCAGAUCAGUCAAUCACUUGAGCUUCAUGAAGAGGAUUACCGGCGACCCAACCCGAGAAUAAAACAUGUCUGAACCUUUCAUAUCAACAAAUUCCAAACCCGAGAGUGAAGGAGAGCCCAAUGUUGAUGAACGCCACAACUCCAUGUCAGAGUAUGAGACACAGCAUGCUGGCAGUGACUGUGAGAUAUCAGAGUUGGGUAGAGAAGUUAAUCAGAAGGUCCACACUGGCUCUGAUCAACCCGCAAAGAUCCGCGCUGUUCCGAUCCACCGGCGUCCGGACCUGCUGGUUCCCUGCGCUGACCUCGUCAACUCCGAGUGGCAGAGGAGCCAGGCGGCCCGGGUCCACUCCCUCCAGAAGUCCUGUCCAGAGUUCCCCGUCUGUCUGGUUCUCCUGCAGGGACACAGAGAGGCGGAGCGCCUGCUGGGCCACGCUCGCCUCUCCCAGGUUGUAGGUCACACCAGCUGCCUGUUCGUGGAGUCCGUGGUCGUGUCCGAGGCCGAGCGGGGGCGGGGCUACGGCCGGACUCUUAUGGAGAGUGAGCGCUAUGCGAAAAGCAGAGGCUUCAAGCGCCUGUGCCUGACCACGCACGACAAGCAGCACUUCUACGCCCACAUCGGCUACGUGCUGUCCACGCCGGUGCAAAACGCGGGUGCCAUGACAGCGUUUGUUCCCAUGGAGACGCUGUUGAGGUUCUCGAGGAUGCCGAGUGAAGAGGGGAACACACAGAGAGAGACAUGGGCAAAGACUGAGGCUAAAGUCCCACAAGGGUCACCUCCACCUUCUGGUUUACUCCCUCCUCCCCCACCUCCUCCUCCACCCCUUUCUUCAAUCCCGUCUCCUCCCCCACCUCCACCUCCUCCCAUACCUCCACCUCCUCCUCCCUUGCCACCUCCAGCCAUCCCUCCUCCCCCACCCCUUUCUUCCAUCCUCUCUCCUCCCCCACCUCCUCCUCAGGCUGCAGGUCUGCCUGUCGUUCAGACUCUGACUGAAACUCCCUACAGGGAUGCCAGAGGAGUUCCCAUCUUUUGGAUGCACAAAGACAUUUGACCCUCUGUGAACUCAAACAUCAAGUCAACAUGACAAGCACACACAGGAUUGUUGUUUCAGUGAAAGCAAACUGUUUAAGUAAACCAAAGAGACGUAGAAACAAUCAAGUACACAUCCACAUUCACUUCCUACAUUUUGAAGAGUUAAGAGCGGCUCAUGCACAGUCGAUAAAAGCUUUAAUCUUGAAUGUGAUGUGGCAAAAGAAUAUUACAACACAAAUAAAGAAGCACACACGUACAAAGAAAACAAGACAAGGUACAAUUUAAGUGCACAACCAGAGAUUUUUUGUUAUGCUAAAAAAAAAAAGAUAAUCACUAAAUACAUCAGUGUAUGGAAGACGAUUAGGGCCAGACAUGAGAAAUAAAGAAUGAUAGGAGGAAGAUUUGAUAUCCUUUGUGUACUUCAAGAAAAGAAAGUAGAAAUAUUGAGAAUAAAGUUGAAAUGAAAUUUUGCGACAUUUGACUUUAUUCUCAAAAUUGUAUUUCAAUUUUAUUCUCGACAUUUACACUUUUUUUAAAUUUACAUUUAAAAUGUAUUCUCAACAGUUCCACUUUUUACUCUAAGUGCAAAUGAUAAAAUCUAACUCCUUUCAUUAUUGAUCUCUGAUGUCUGACCCUCAUCCUCUUACGUAUAAGUGACAAGUGGAAAACACUUGACUUCAGCGAGCCUUUUAAUAGUUUUUAAAGAAACUCAACCGUUGUUUUACUACCAAAUCACUGAUGAAGAGAACAACAUAAAACUCUGCUUUCACCUGAAUGUAUUCUGUGAGUUCCUGAGUCCAUCCUUAACCUGGUGAAUUUCUCUACAUCUGCAAAAUCCAAAGAUCACUCUGUAACUCACUUUUGCAGAAUGAUGAAUGAGUUUAAUACUUGAUGGAUUCUCUCACAUCCAACCUUCAAUCUGAGUUUAAGAUGUUUGUCUGAAAUGUUGUGACAUCACAGCUUGUUUGGAAGCCAAUCAUGAUCCAAUAUGAAACUUACUGGAUGUAAGAAGAAACUCGUGAGCCCUUUUGAUAACACUAACAGAAAGUAUUUAGACACAAAUUAUUAUUUUAACAAAAUAUUAUAACUGAUAAAGACAGCAGGUAGAGAGGGGUCUUUUAAAAAAGGUGAACAUGUUGAACAGUAUUUAAGAGCAAACCUAUUUUGGCCAAUCUGAAAAACUUAAACAGGAAAAGUUACCUUUGCCUUUUGAGCAGCCAUUGCCUUCAAAUGUUGCCGACCUCCCCGUGUGUGCGUGCUGCUGAUCGAUCAUGUGAUACUGUUACUGUGAGUUGAAAUGUGCCUUGUUGAACUGAAGCCUUAUUGAGUUUGAAAGAUUAAGAGGUUUGAGAGUGAUGCAUCUUAUCUGGUCUGAUACUUGAACAUGAACACAAUAUGUCAAAUAAAAGAAAUGAAUGAUGAA